AUGAGGUUACAAUCAAGCUCUUCGAACAAUAAAGUUUUCGAAUUAAAAGAAUUUUCAGAAUGGUUAUUAAGUAUUAGUGACGAUAGACUUGGUGACCCUAAUGAUGGAGAAGCAUUGAUUGAAGUGCCAAAUGAUCUACUCAUCAAAGAUUUCACUAAUCCUCUUGCUGCUAUUGUUGAAAGCACAUAUCCGAAUCUAUUAGAUGAUUUGUAUGAUGUGAAUUACCUUCAAAAUAGAGCCAUUCUCGCUCCGGCGCUUGAAAUCAUUGAAAUGGUUAAUGACUAUGUAAUUUCAUUAAUUCUCGGAGAAGAAAGGGUGUAUUUGAGUUCUGAUAGUGUUUGUAAUGCUGAUGGAGAUAUUGAUUUCCAAGAAAAUUUACAUACUCCAGAUUUUCUUAACAGUAUUCGGUGCUCUGGAGUACCUAACCACAAACUUAAAUUUAAGGUUGGAGUUCUUGUAAUGUUAUUGAAGAACGUAGAUCAAUCAUCUGGUUUAUGCAACGAGACAAGGCUAAUUAUCACUCAGUUGGGCAAUCAUGUCAUUGAAGCAAAAGUUAAAUCAGGCAACAAUAUUAGGAUGAAAGUUUUUAUUUCACGAAUGGUUAUGACUCAAUUAGAUUCAAGAUGA